CCUCUGGCCCCGCCCCCCCCCCCCCCCCCGUCGCGUGCUGUGCCAGGGCCGUGGCGCUGACCAGGUAUACCACGCGGCCUGGGCCGCGUGCGAUGUCCGUGGGCCAGUGGGCUGCGGGUGGCGUCGCCGCACCGCCCGCGCUGCUCGCCCGGCCGGCCGCCCCCGCCCUGCCAGGCCGCGGCGGCCCAGCGGUGGCCGCGGGGCGGCGGCGGGCCGCGGGCGCACCCGAGGCGCCGUUCUGGCGCCGCGCAGCGGCGGCGUGCGUGCCCGCCGCUCUGGCGGCGCGCGCCCCCGCCGCGCUGCUGAGGCGGUUUGCUCGGCGGCACGCGAGGAAACAGUCGCAGAGGCCAAGGACGCAGAUGGCCGUCUACCAGGAGGGCGGGGUGAAGGAGGACUGGGAGAGGAUCGGCGCGGACGGCCAAAAGGAGAUCCUGAUCAAGUCGGGCGCCACGUACCAGUGGGUCAAGGACGGGACGACUGGCACGUAUCGCUUCACCGAUUGGGGCUACGAGUCUAGAAACCCUGAUGGUACGUGGGUGAGCCACGCGCAGUUACCAUCAGACGUGACACACCUCACAGAUGCACAGAUUCAGCGUCUGGUUAAAGAAUUGCGUGGAGAGAGUGGAGAUAACGCCGAUGCACAACCUGAGGACGAGGCAUUCAAAAAGUUCGUUCCAAAAGCUUCGGUUCCGCCUCUGGAGAAGUGGCUAUUCCACGGAGUCGCCAUUUCGGACGAGCUGAAGGCCACCAAGGAACACCUCAAGGGUUACGAGAAUAUGGCGAUGACCGAUGAUCUGCAGCAGGCGUUCUUUUUAUCCUCGAGGUGGAAGAUGCUCAACGAGGGUCGCCGACAUCUCGGGUACGGCAUCAACGACUCGCUAGAAGACAUCGCUUUUCUGAAUGGCUGCGUCAUCGCCUUGAAAGCCAUCACGGAUCAGUUGAAGAGGCUGGUCAAGUUCCGCAAGCGGAAGCCGAACAUGCCGGAGCCUUCCGACGCAGCCCGGUUGCGCGAGCUCAGGGUGGAUGGCAUAUUGGGCACACAGCGUGGCUCUGCGAUGGCCAUGUGGUUGUACAACGAGAGCUCUAAACGUGCAUACGUGGACAUCGUUAUAGGAGACGACGGCAUGGACAAGGGCCCCGAAGCCGAGGAAACCAUGCUGCGAGUGGUGGCCGGGAAGGCGGCGGAGCUCGGCGCGGAGGUGCUGUGGUGCCGGUCGAGGCAGACCGAAAGCGGGAUGGAGUUCGUUCCGAAGUACAUGAAGACAUUGGGUUUCAAACCAAUCCCUGAGGAUGAGCAGGAGGACGAGGAGUGGGAGACCAUGAAGGUCAAGGAGAGGGUCGAGAUCGUUGAGCAGGUGCCCUCUCUGAAUAUCUGGCUGUCAGGUCGGGGGCUAGAGCGCCACCUGGACAAGGUGAAUGCCUGGUGCAAGGAGAUGGGCGCGCUGGACCUGAACGAGCUCGUGGAGAACAAGGAGGAUCUCGUGGAGUUCCUCGGCGAUGACCUCACGCACGAUGAGCGGGAGAUGCUCCUGAGGAAGUGAACGAGCUCGUGGAGAACAAGGAAGAUCUCGUGGAGUUCCUUGAGCUCACGCACGAGGAGCGGGAGAUGCUCCGGAGGAAGUGAGUGCCUCCCACGAGCGCCCACCCUUGCCGCGGGGCCAGCGCAGAGGGCCCCAGGGGCAGCGCGGUCGCCCUCGCUCCUCGCUCCUCGCUCCUCGCUCCUCCUCCUCGCUCCUCGCUCCUCCUCCUCCUCCUCCUCCUCCUCCUCCUCCUCCUCCUCCUCCUCCUCCUCCUCCUCGCUCCUCCUCCUCGCUCCUCGCUCCUCGCUCCUCCCCUACCUCCUGUGUGUUGCCCUGGGCCCGCACGCCUCGGCCCGCUGCGUGCGGGGGGGGGGGGGCGAUGGAUGGGCGAGGAGGCGCCACACCCGUCGUGCGGUCCGAUCUGUGCACUUGCCUGUGUUCUCUCUCUGCCAAGCAGCCUGCAGUUUCAGUUUCAAUCGCACCAAGCAGAAAAUGAUCAUGGUGAUCUUUUUUCAAUUCAUUGUUUUGCCGAUCGGCGCGGGCCCC